AUGGGUAUGAGUAUGGUAACCAAGGCAGCAGAACGAGAAACAAGGGGACCAAGGAUGGAUGCUGGUAUCUACCAAUCACCACUGAGAGGGUUUAUGGAUGAUCUCACCAUUACAACAACAUCUCAUAUACAAGCUAGAUGGGUGUUAUCAGCACUAGAAGAAAACGUGUCAUGGGCUCGUAUGAAGUUCAAACCACGCAAAUCAAGAAGCCUGGUUCUGAAGAAAGGUCGUAUUUGUCAGGUGAAGCUGAAGGUGCAGGAUGAGGAAAUUCCAACAUUAGUCAACAACCCUAUCAAAUGCCUUGGAAAGUGGUUCGACCAAUCCCUAUCUGACAACGCAUCAGUUAAGAACACAUUGUCCCAAGCAAAAUCAUGGAUGAAGAAGGUAGAUGGAAGUGGCUUGCCAGGGAAGUACAAGGCCUGGAUAUACCAACAGGGGGUCCUGCCAAGACUGAUGUGGCUGUUGCUAAUUUACGAGGUUCCCGUCACGAGUGUCGAGGGAUUGGAGAGAUCAGUGAGCAGUUACUUGAGGAGAUGGAUUGGAGUCCCAUCAGGCUUCACUUCUGCUGGACUGUACGGCAGAUCAUCAAAACUCCAACUCCAGAUUUCAUCUGUAGUGGAGGAGUUUAAGGUGGCAAAAUGCCGGCUGGUUAUGACGUUGAGGGAUUCGUCAGAUUCCAGAGUCAGUGGAGCAGGCAUCCAGAAAAGAACAGGAAGGAAGUGGUCAGCAUCAACAUCAGUGGACCAAGCCGAGAGUAUGCUGCAACUACGUGACGUGGUGGGAAACAUCUGCAUAGGAAGGCAAGGGUUAGGAAUGGUGCACUUUCAGCAGUGGAAGAAUGCAACAGCAACGGAGAGACGAGGAAUGGUACAGACUGAAGUUAGACGGGUAGAGGAAGACCAACGGAGAGCGAAGGCAGUGGAGCUGGGCAAACAAGGGAAGUGGCUGAAGUGGGAACUACCCGAGCGGAGACUGUCAUGGUCGGAGCUGUGGAGGAAGGACCAAUACAGGAUAGCCUUUCUGCUGCGGUCAGUUUACGACACAUUGCCGUCCCCAUCAAAUCUUCACCAGUGGAGAAUGACAGAGGACCCUAGUUGCCAGCUGUGCGGAAAGCGAGGGCCAAUGUCUCACAUACUGUCAGGAUGUCAGGUAGCACUCACACAGGGGAGUUACAGAUGGCGUCAUGACAAGGUCUUGCGUGAAUUGGCAGGAGUGGUGGAGGAAGAAAGAAGGAAAAAGCGCCCAAGGGCAACAACAGGAAAAGGAAAGGUGUUUGUAAAGCAAGGUGAGACAGUCGAGGGUAGAAAAGCAGCCAGAACAUCACUGCUGGACAGAGGACAGGACUGGGAGCUGCAGGUAGACCUUGACGGGAAGUUGGUAUUCCCGUGCAUCGUCGACACAACGCUCCGGCUGGACAUGUUCCUCAAGUCAACAACGUCUAAGACCCUCAUUGUAGUGGAAUUAACAGUACCGUGGGAGGAAAACUGUGAGGAGGCGAAUGAGCGGAAGAGCCUCAAGUAUGCAGAUCUAAUGGCAGAUUGCAGAGACAAGGGAUGGAGUGUUUGGCUGUUUCCGGUCGAAGUUGGCUGCAGAGGAUUUCCAUCUCGUUCAGUGACCACUGACCAGGCUCUUACAACAUCUAGGAAUGUUGGAGAAUGGCAAAGUCAGCAUCCUUGCGAAAACUGGGUGAAGCAGUAG